ACUGGGUUCAUUUUCUUCCCCUUCGUGACCAGUUGACUCGAGAAUUUGAGGUUCAGCCCAAUUGCAGUCGCAUCUAUUCCUCUUCCUGUUCUUGAUCUUGAUCUUGGUAUGCUCUUAUCACACCCGGGGCUCGGGAUGACCUCAUAUCUUCAAGCCGACGAUCGCCCAGCUUGACCCUCACCCAGCCACCACACGCAUCAACACCGCGAAACAAAACAAAUCCUCGGGAAGGCAUCAAGUGCAGCUUACGAAUAAUAUCCCUCUGCCCGGGAAAAGAAGCAUUUUGUUCUACAAGACUUUCGCAAGGUCCAGCUAAACCAGCACACUCGACUCGUGCAUCGUUCAACUGCGUUCCAGGUACCAACUCUGUUUCUACCACCUACCUGGUCCCAGCUCGAGAUUGAAUCCCGCCCCCGCAUGCACGACUGGGGACAACUCUGCAAGGCAAAGAUAACAAAAUAAUCGCAUUCUGGGCAGGGACGGAAAGCCCAUCUUGCUCUGAUCCGCUGGUUGCAAACCUGUGCGCAUUUCCUUUUCAACGCUGCCCAGCCAAGGAUCUUAUGAACUUAAAGCUGACUCCCGCCCCGCCAUAGCUCCGACUCGAAACAGUCCAAGAACGAGGCAGAAGUUCGAGGGAGGAGUUGUAGAAGAUUUCUUUAGUAACGUACGCAAGAAAGAUCACGAAAAUCAGCCUGCAAAAUGCUUACUACCGCCAGAAUGGUGACUCGAAAGCCACUCCCCGCAGACUCAGGUCUCGCUCCAUACCCUGUUACGCCGAUAUCCACCAACGAGCCUCUGCCAUUUAGGGUUGGAGAUGCCAGGAAUCAGAUGCAGACCGAUUCUCCAUCUGACAGCGAGAAGGCCUGGGGUGGAGAGGCAGAUAAUAGAAAAGCUGGGGCAGGACUCCCAGAGUCGUUACGAGUUGGACCGCCAGGAUAUACACCGAACAGUUCGCAGGAAAUGUUACGACCGGCUGCUGCUAAUGUGACAAAUCCAUAUCUGAAGAAGCAGAAUUCGGGAAGCUCGAAUGGGAAUGAGAGUAGUGCGGAAGCUUGGGGAGGAUUUGAAGAGAGACGGGUCCAGCAAACUACUAAUACAGCUCCUACACAGCAAUUCGAUAACCUCUCCGUCUCCGACUCGAAUACAAACCCUUGGCAGCCCGGCCUGAAUGGGAAGGAAACCGCUAAUACAACGAAUCAACCUCUACCCUUUAUACAACGAGAAGAUUCUGGAAACAAUGCUCGAGCAGCUCCUCCUGUUCCUCCAGUCGAUACUUCACAACCAGUGCUAGUUGAUAUAGACGAGCCGGAAUCGCCUGCCUGGGAUGAGGAUGAACCCUCACCCGUACUACACGAGAUGCCAGCGGACAAUUCAAAGGCACUUCAACAAAUGAGUGAAGAUCGACAUGCUUGGGAUGAGCAAAGUAAUCCAUUAGGGCAACAUCCCGUGUCUAACACUUUGGUACCAGCAGAAUCAAAUCAACAAGGUGAAGGAUGGAACCUUGUUGAUCAUGUAUCCAGUCCGGAUCCAGGUUACGAGCCCAUCCCUCGGCCAUUUCCUGAGCAGAUUCCAGUCGGAGCACAAGAGAGCGGGAUUAUUGGGGGUGAUGGACAUAUUGUGGAUAGUCAUGUUGAGGAACAAGCACCAGCACUACCACCUAGAAGGUCACAGGAACAACCUCCGCCUCAACCUCCUAGACCUGUAAUAGAUACCAACACGACUGGAGGGAGCACUUCAUCUUUGACUAGUCCGACUGCCCGGAGACAGAAAGGAGAAACUUACGAGAUUAAGAAAAUCAGUUGGCAUGAUGUAAAUGCAGCACAGAAUCCUCGAGUAUCACCAAUCCUGGUACAGAAUGCCAAUGGUCCAUGUCCACUACUCGCUUUAGUCAAUGCAUUGACGCUAUCUACGCCAGCCGAAGUCGAAACAGCCCUGGUUGAGACAUUACGGUCAAGAGAACAAGUUAGUUUAGGGUUACUACUGGAUGCUGUGUUCGAUGAAUUGAUGUCAGGUCGACGAGGUGAUGCUGCUCAAGAAUUACCGGACGUCAGCGACCUUUACAAGUUCCUCCUCACUCUGCAUACCGGCAUGAAUGUGAAUCCUCGAUUCUUCCCAAAUCCACCAUCCAAGGCAUCAAAUGACCCCCGUAAUUCCAUGUCACAUGUUCAUCCUAGCGAGCGCGAACAAGGACUACCAGGUACUUUCGAGGAGACUAGAGAGAUGAAGUUGUACAGCACGUUCUCGGUCCCACUCAUCCAUGGAUGGCUCGCCGAACCAGAUUCUCCGGCUUAUGCAGCACUCAAGCGGUCGGCUAAUUCUUAUGAAGAUGCUCAGAAUUUGAUGUUUGAGGAAGCCGAUCUCGAGAGCAAAUUGAGUAGAGAAGGACUGAGUUUCGAGGAGCAAGGAAGACUGGAAGAUAUAGCCACCAUCAAAGCGUUCUUUUCCAGUAAUGCUACGCAACUCACUACCAAUGGUUUAGCUACCAUCACAACAUCUAUCGCCCCAGGAGGAGUGGCCAUACUCUUCCGAAACGACCACUUCUCAACACUCUAUCGCCAUCCAGAUACUCUUCAACUCCUGCAGCUAGUCACGGACAUGGGCUAUGCCGGACACGAAGAAGUCGUCUGGGAAUCACUAAUCGACGUCAACGGCGAAAACGCCGAGUUCUUCUCCGGAGACUUCAGACUCGUCGGCGGCGCACCACCCACACCAUCAACAUCCGUCCCAAGAGAUAGCUGGACACCAGUAACGGGCGGCCGUCGCGAGAGCACCCAAACUGGCCAUCGCCAAAACCUAAGUACAUCGUCCCACCAAUCCGCUCCGCCACCUCAAACACCCAACACCGAACAAGAAGACCACGAUUUCGCCCUCGCCAUGCAACUUCAAGAAGAAGAGGAAGAACGCGAACGCAUCGAAAUCGCCCGCCGCCGCCGCGAAACAGAACUCUCGCAGCAAUACAUCGAGCAACAAGGUCGUGGCCAACAACCAUCCAACAACAAUUCCAUCCCCGUCACCCAGCGAGGUGGUGGCAACGGCUCUGUUCGAGGUCGCGGCAGAGGCAGUGGUGUUGGUGGUGGUGGUCCAGCAGCAGAGAACCGUCCAACUAUUCCACCACGUCGCAACAACACUGGUGGCCGACCCGUCGAUCCCGAAGCGGGCAUUGAUGCCCCGCCGCCGAGUUACGAACAGGCUGCUACGCAAUCAGCGUAUAAUCCUCCGCCGGAACACCCAGCGCAUCCGAGUGCGAAUCCGAAUCCUGGGCAUGGGCCUGGGGGAAGGAGGAUGAGUGCUUAUUCGGCGAAUGCGGUGGGGCAGGGACAGAGUCCUGGUGGGGGUGCGGGAGGAGGGAGAGGGAUGAGGAGGCCGACGCUGGUGGAUCAGAUUCCUGGACGGGGUGGGAGGGGUGCUGGUGGUGGGGUCGGGGGCGUGAUUGGUGGGGAGGGAGGAGGAGGGAGGGAGAGGGAGGAGAAGUGUGUUGUUAUGUGAAGUCUGAAAGCCGCCUUGAAUAGAUAGUGGCUGAUGGGAUGGGAUAUGAUAUCAUGAGAUUACGAGUGAUAAAUGAGAAUGAGAAUGAGAAUGAACAAUGGGUACCUAGCGAGUAUGGCGUGUAGCGUGUGGCGUUUUGCUUUUCUUUUGCCUAGCGACUUUUGGGACUUCGGACUUGGAUGAAGGCGUUUGGCGUGUAAAUAUGGUGUGAGGGAAACACCUACUGUAUAGCUAUGUUCCUUGCUACUGAAACA